UAGAUACAGAUCCGAAGAGAAAAAAUUAAAUUCAAUAUAUCAUAACAUCGACGCUCGCUUGUAGGAUUUCGUUAAUGGCACCCAACCGAAAAAUAACACAAUUCAGACUCCAAUCCGACACCCGUCUGCCACCUUCAUAGAGUAUUUGUAAGAAUCGUUCCCUUACCUUCCCUACUUACAGAGGGACGAGAAUGCGUCAACUGUGGUGCCACCUCGACGCCGCUGUGGCGACGAGAUGCCACCGGCCACUAUCUGUGCAAUGCUUGCGGACUGUACUACAAAAUGAACGGCCAAAACCGGCCGCUGAUCAAACCGAAACGGAAACCAGUCACCUCCCAGCAAAGCGCUGCCCGGCGGGCGGGAACGUCAUGUGCAAACUGCAAGACCACAACUACCUCGCUGUGGAGGAGGAACCAAAGCGGGGAACCAGUUUGCAACGCCUGUGGACUGUACUACAAGUUGCAUAAUGUGGAUCGGCCGCUCACGAUGAAAAAGGAAGGCAUUCAAACGAGAAAUCGUAAACUCACUGCCAAAUCUAAGAAGCGGAAAUCGACGCCCGGCUAUAGCUUCUCCUUCGGAGAUCUCAUGAACCCACUGGAUCACAACAAAUCCUUCCCGGGCGCUUUUCCAACCUCGAUGGGACAACACGCCCAUCUCUCCAGCGGACUUCAUCACGCCCAUUCUCACAUGCACGGCGGCUGGUACGCGACCGGGCUGGGAUCGCUCGGAACGUCCGGUAGCCUGCAGAAUGGCUUCAGCGGUGGAGCACCGCUGGGAACCGGUGCCGUAGGGCACCCGCAGUCGUACCACCUUGGGUUGAACUCUAUGAGUUGGAGAUCCGAAUACACGUGACUAAUGGGACAGUAAAUCCGGCCGGUCACGUGGCGGGCAACCGCGACGCAAGCUCACCGAUAGAGGGAGAGAAAGAAAAAAAACGGGUUCUAGCAGCAAAAGAUUUGCUUCAUCCGCAGCAAUAAGUUGAUAUUAGUACAAUUUUAGAGUUAACCCCCCAGCCCCCGCAGCAGAUAAUUACAUUUAUUCAAGUCGAAGUUCGCAUUCCCCUUUAUACAGACUCUAUCAUCUUUAGAAAGACCCAGUGCAAAGGAGUUAAUUCACCUCGAGCUGGCCAACGGUCGGCACGGUUUAUUUAGUCGGUUGUUUUGAUGAUGACCCCGGAAUUUGCUGAAAUUUUUGUGACUCGAAUUUCAACCUGGUUAAACGAGCGAUGUGUUUAAACACCAUCUGAAGCUAGGGACAGACGAGCUAGAAAUCGAAAUAGAGCAAAACAAAAACGCCCUACGCUCGUUGCAACCAUACCAACUACCAUGGCCGGAAAUGAUUGCAAAUCCUUGUGCAGAUUACAAAGUCAAGUGUAACUCAGCGAAAUCAGCACCUUAUCGAGGUGCACGACUUCAUUAGAGCCGCGAUCGUCAUAAAAAUAAAUCAUCGAAUCCGUCAAAACAACCAGGGAAGACAGCGUGCUUAUCCGAUUGGCACACCUCGUCUCGUCUCAGUUCGUAUCCCUUCGCGAGAGUUAUGGAUUCUGUACAUUAUCCAUGUCCGUCAUUCCCACCCGCCCCGAGGCACGGUAAUCACUUCACCAAAAUCCCUCUCGAUUUUUCCGAACAAUGUUUGAGUUUGAAUUAACAAAAAAACACACAAAAAAUAAUUCAUCAGUGGCGCCCCGAACGGCAGAGCUGCUGUCAAAAAAGUGCAAAGAAUUAGAUAGUUGAAUUAUGUUUACUUUCUUUAUGUCAAGUAAAUUUAUUUUAUUCUAGUUUAUUUUUCUGUUGUAGCUCAAAAUAAUUGUUAGUUAGCACAAGAGGAAAAAAAGGCAAUUGCAAACAACUAAUUUAAGUAUAGUCAGAGACUGUUGCAAGGGAAGAAACAUAAGUAGGCGUAAGCUCAAGAAUCAGUAUAUAUUAUCGCUAUAAUAAUAUAUUUGUACAAAGUGUAUAUUUAAAUGAAUGGAAAAAUAGCUGUAACAGACGUGUAAAUAAUGAAAUUAAUAUAAAUAAAAUUAUAAAAAAAAUCAAACAUAGUUCAGCUCAACAUGAAAAGUAAAACAAAACCAAGUAUCGGAUUUUUAAAGCCAGAUAUAGCAUCAAAGCAGAACAUUUCUUAGUAAUCAUUUUAUGGGAAUAUAACUUCUUCUGUAUUGGAAUGUGAACCCACUGCCAUAAAAUUUUAUUUAAAUAAUUGUUGUGAUCUAUUGUGAUAAGGAUACAUACAAAUAAAUAAAACAAGAGAAAUUAA